AUGUCGUCAAUCGCCCGGCCACCAGAUCCAUGCCUGGUGGCCAUAAUCCUAAUUGUGCGAUCACGUACCGGACCCCGACUGGUCUUCCACUACCCUCCGAAUCCACUCAGCGAGAACCGACUCAAGACAACCACGAAGGGCGGGCGACGCAUUUCGCGCACACGCAACCGACAAGGCGCAAAGAAUACAGAUUCCAGUUCCAGCGAAGAUAGCGGAUUAAGUUCAGACGAAGAAGAGGAUGAGCGAGAGCGCGAGAACCAGAAUCCUACACAGGGUUCGAGCCUAGGUCCGAAUGCAAGUUACCCGUCCGGACCGGGCUCGUUACUAGGGAGGCGGGCGAGUAACUUUGGGAUCGUCGAUGAUAUAUUACCUGUUUCUGGGUCGCCUGGUACUGGUGCCACAGAGCUACAGCGACCUGGGUCUUUGGGAUCGGGUCGGGGCUCAUCGCUUCGCAAGCGGGGUGGUGCUGGGUCUGAUCCUGAGGAGGAUGGGGCGUCAGAUAGAGAUGGCCCUGGGGGAUCGUCGCGACCACCUUGGGAGUCACUUCUGGGAUUACCGGGUAGCGUAUGGGAAAAGCUGUUAAGUCCGUCUAGAUCGUGGCAUAAACGGCGGUUUGAGGUGGGAAUUAACGAUCUUGCGCUUAUCGGGUGGCCUGUUUUUGUGCGAGAGGAUGGAACAUGGCGCAAGCAACGACGCAAGAAGAAAAAGAAGAAGCAGAACUCGGAGUGGGAUGGUGGGGAGCUGGGUCAUAAUGAGAAUCUUGAAGGUGCUGAGGAUGAAGAUGGAGUUGGUUCGCCUGAUAUGGGAGCUAGCAUUGCUACUAUCACUGAGUUGACGCUCUCACCAACUGAUACCAAGCGUCAUUCUGCUGCUAGUGCCAAGCUGGGGAAACAAUCGGAUGAUUCUCUUGACCCAGAAGAUAAGGACCACAUGACUAUGUUUAAUGUUGUCUUUGUGAUGGAUCCGCCUUUACUCGAGUACUCGGGUCGUGUUAAGGAGAUCUAUGAGAAUGCCAUCAAGAAGUUUGCCAAAGCCUUGAAAUGGGAGCAGGCACGGACAGACUAUGUUUGGAAAGAAUCACAACACAUCUUGUCUGUACGGAGGAAAGCUCGAGAGUCAAAAACAUCGAUGCACAAUCUUUACUCCGACUUGAUCAAUCAGUCCUCUUUAGCAAGGGCGAUUUACACAGUGUACACCAGUAUAUCUGCAUCUAAGAUUGCCUCUGUCUCACUCAGCCCCGAUGUUUCCAUCUCGCUACAAAUCCCUCCGCUAACAUCCACGCCGUACCUCGCUGGCCCUGCAGACAAAUCAUACCCAGGUCUCUGGUUAACAACCGCAGACAGUGCAACACCAGUCGAUGAGCCUGGAGCUGACGAAAAUAAUGCGCCUCAUCAAGUUCUCGCAAAACACUUUGCUUUACUCCUACUAGAUAGCGAAGCUGCUAUCAUUAAGGACGUUGAGGCAUCUGGUGGUACUCUUUCAUCGGCAUUGGCACAUUACAUUCGCUGCUCAAAGCCAACAAAGUCAUUUGCCCAAAUUUCAGCAUCUUCAGGAAUCCCACUUUCCACCAUCCAAAUGCUAGCGAGCCACCUGGUAUAUUGGCGGCGAGCUCGGGCUAUUCCCCCAAUUCACCAACGAGAUACAUACAUUGUCUCUCCCAACUGCGAUUUGAGUAAACUGGAAAUUGCUACUAUUGCCUAUCAGACUGCGUUUCCCACGCUUCCCAGUCUACCCAAGAUGCUCUCAGCUCUCAGCGGCACUCCUCGCCCGUACGCAAGCUUUAUUCCCAGCAAGGACCACAAAGACACUUACUUUUCUAUCCUCGCCUGGCUUCUUCGCGGCGGAUGGGUCACUCAAUUGCGCACGUUCGCUCGCAUCAAAGUGACACCCGAAAUCAAAAUGGCGGUAGAAAUGGCCCUUCGCAAAGAAGAAGUGGAUCGCUACCUUGCUAAAAGCAGUCCAAAUAACAUAGUUGACGACACAGACAGCGAUGAUGACGAUAGUUCAUCCUCUUCAUCCUCGCUGUCCAGCCAUGGUAGUGGAGAUGAAACGCCGAUACCUGGACGUAAUGACCCGCACGCACAACUCCGCACCUCACACAAACUCCUAGACCGAUCCACUGCUCUACGGAUGUCAUCAUUGAUUUUAUCUCCACAUCGUGCAUCUCCACUUGAAUCCCGAUGGUUAGAUGAGAUCCUUGCUCGUUUCCCUGAUAGGCCGAGAGAUACCUCGCUUCUAGAGGGUACAAGUCCAGACAUCUCGCCGAAGGAACUCCAGUCUCUACUGCAGAAGUUCUGGCCAUCGUUUUUGAAAUAUUUCAAUGGAUCUGAUGCGCUAGAGAAGAUCUCUGUUCGCGAGAACCUAAAACGAAAAUUGGUGUGGCAAGUCUUGACUCGCCUGGGCUUUGGAGUUGUGCCGACAGGGUCUCUUGAGCUGGAUGCGCGUGAGCAAGUGCUUGUGAGUGUUCGACAUUGGUAA